UAUGAAAAACAGAAAAAAUCUGAAGAAGCAGAAUUGGCCGAAAUAGCUGCAGCAGAGCGCCAAAGUAAUCUCAACAAAUUUAUGAAAUUAGAAAAAAAUAUUGUGAGCUCGACUUCAAAAGAUGAUUCAAGUACCAGUUCCAUUUCAAAUAUGGUUAAUGGAAAAAACAAAAAAUUGCCAAGUUUUUGGGUACCCUCCGAAACUCCAAGCUCAAAGAAAAUUAAAAUUAGCAAACCUGACACAACUGUAACUUGUCCUUUAUCUGGAAAACCAUUACGAAUGAAAGACCUUAUAGAUGUCAAAUGGACAGAAGUUAAAGAUCCUGACGAGGCCUCAACCCAUUUAAUAACAAGAAAGGCUCGUUAUAAAUGUGCUGUAACACAUGAUAUACUGAGUGAUGCAGUUCCUUGUGCUGUUAUAAGAACAACAGGCGAUGUCGUCACUAUGGAAUGUGUUGAGAAAAUUAUUAAGAAAGAUUGGAUUCAUCCUUUAACAAAUGAAAAACUCACUGAGAAAGAUAUUAUUCCUAUGCAAAGAGGUGGAACUGGCUAUGCAACCACAAAUGAUAACCUAACAGGAGAAUACAAACAACCAGUUCUUCAGGCGUAAAAGUAUUCAAAGAAUUUUUUUCUAAAUGUGACUUUCCUUUACAUGACAAUUUGGUGAAUGCUGUAAUCAUAAGUAUGAAGAAUUAUAAAAUGUUUUUAAUGGAUUAUUUAUAUUUUGCUUAAAUUGGUUUUGAU